GAUCCUCUUUAGAAUUUGCGGACCAACAUACUCUCUCUUCUGAUCCUCUCUCUCUCUCCUCACCGUCUGCGUUUUCUCCCGAGAGAGGAAAAAAAUAGAGAAAUGCCGGGACCUCAAGGUCAAAGGUUAAGAUCUGCAAAACCCACAAGCAUCCACAGCUAUGCGCAGUCGGGUGAUCUACUCGGCCUUCAGAAGAAGCUCCAAGAAAACCCAUCUCUUCUCAAUGAUCGAAAUGCUGUCAUGGCACAAACUCCUCUUCAUGUAUCUGCUGGUUACAAUAAUGUCGAGAUAGUUAAGUUUCUGCUCAAUUGGAGAGGACCUGAAAAGGUUGAGUUGGAAGCUAAAAACAUGUAUGGAGAAACACCAUUGCACAUGGCAGCAAAGAAUGGAUGCAAUGAAGCAGCACGAUUGCUUCUUGAACAUGGUGCUUUUAUUGAGGCCAAAGCCAAUAAUGGUAUGACCCCACUGCACCUUGCUGUAUGGUAUUCACUCAGGUCUGAGGAUUGCUUAACCGUGAAGGCAUUGCUUGAGUACAAAGCUGAUUGCAGUGUUAAGGACAAUGACGGCAUGACUCCUCUAAAUCAUCUCUCACAAGGUCCAGGAAGUGAGAAGUUGCGUGAACUCCUCCACUGGCAUCUUGAAGAGCAACGAAAACGUAAAGCAAUUGAAGCCUGCAGUGAGACAAAAGCUAAAAUGGAUGAACUUGAGCGGGAACUACUGAAUAUUGUGGGGUUGCAUGAGCUGAAGCAACAACUACGAAAAUGGGCAAAGGGAAUGCUUAUGGAUGAGAAGCGUAGAGCCCUAGGGCUGAAGAUUGCCGCACGAAAGGUCCCUCAUAUGGCAUUCCUUGGCAAUCCUGGAACUGGUAAAACAAUGGUAGCUAGAGUCCUUGGGAGACUGCUCUAUAUGGUAGGAAUUUUGCCUACUGACAAGGUUACAGAAGUCCAAAGAACCGAUCUUGUCGGAGAAUUCGUUGGGCAUACAGGACCAAAAACCAGGAGAAAGAUCAAAGAAGCAGAGGGAGGAAUUCUUUUUGUUGAUGAAGCCUAUCGACUGAUACCCAUGCAGAAGGCAGAUGACAAGGACUAUGGCUUGGAGGCCUUAGAGGAGAUCAUGUCCGUGAUGGAUAGUGGAAAAGUAGUUGUUAUAUUUGCUGGGUAUAGUGAACCAAUGAAGCGGGUAAUCUCCUCCAAUGAAGGCUUCUGUAGAAGGGUUACUAAGUUCUUCCACUUUGGUGACUUCAGCUCCGAAGAAUUAGCUCAGAUCCUCCACCUUAAGAUGAAUAAUCAAGCAGAGGACAGCCCCCUGUAUGGUUUCAGGUUGCACCCAUCAUGUAGCGUGGAAGCCAUAAAAAAACUGAUUGAGAAAGGAACGACACUGAAACAAAGGCAAGAGAUGAAUGGAGGUUUAGUGGAUCCAAUGCUUGCCAAUGCCAGAGAGAAUUUAGAUCUUAGGCUUGAUUUUGAUUGUGCAGACACAAAUGAUCUACUUACAGUCACCCUAGAAGAUUUAGAGGCGGGACUUCAUUCACUAUCACAAUGAGAAACUGAGUAAGAUGUUUGAAAUGAUUCCAAAGAUAUCCUCAAGGCAAAUCUCCCUUUCUCCACCAUUGUUGAACCUCAUAUGGACCUGCAUGUGUUGCACACGUGUCCUUUCAUCUAUUGGUGUCGCUCCUUUUCUUUUCUUUAUUGGAACUGCUCACAUCCACAGCAGAUACUGAAGCCGAAGCACAGUGGAUUUGAUGGUUAGGUAGUUCCCAUUUAUUUCCGAAGCUUUUAGUUUUGGGUACUGAUUGCAGAUUGAAAUUAUUUAUUAAUUUGAUGUCCCUAAGAUUCUCUAGAUUUUUCAAAUUUAUAGUAUUAAAGUCCUGAAGCAUGCAAUGGACUCCUUUGCCCAGUGGUAAAAGUCUUUUCUGCAGCUGAUAAGAUGUCUCUUUUCAGCUUUGGUUCAUUCCAUUUGUACACAUGAUGAAGGAAUAAUAAACUAAAUUGUUUUUCACUCUUCAUUUCA